GCGGCGGCGGGGCGGGGCGCCGAGGGGAGCGGCGGGCAGGCCGGGCAUGGCGUCCAUGGCGGCGGCGAUCGCGGCCUCGCGCUCGGCGGUCAUGAGCGGGAACCGGCCUCUGGACGACAGGGAGCGGAAGCGCUUCACCUACUUCUCGUCGCUGAGCCCCAUGGCCAGGAAGAUCAUGCAGGACAAGGAGAAGAUCCGCGAGAAGUACGGGCCCGAGUGGGCGCGGCUGCCGCCCGCGCAGCAGGACGAGAUCAUCGACCGGUGCCUGGUGGGGCCGCGCGCCCCGGCGCCCCGAGGCUCCGGGGACCCCGCGGACGACGAGGACCUCGUGCGCUUCCCCGGCCUGCGCGGGCCCACAGGCCAGAAGGUGGUGCGCUUCGGCGAUGAGGACAUAACUUGGCAAGAUGAGCACUCGGCUCCUUUCUCCUGGGAAACAAGGAGCCAAAUGGAGUUCAGCAUCUCCUCCUUGUCCAUCCAGGAGCCGAGCAACAGCACGGCCGCCAGCGAGCCAAGGUCACUGUGCAAAGCCACCCAGGGCUCCCAGGCCUUCAAGGCUCCCCAGGGCAGCAGGUCCUCCAGCCUGGACGCUCUGGGUCCUGCCCGGAAGGAAGAGGAGUCAUCCUUCUGGAAGAUCAAUGCAGAGCGGUCCCGGGGCGAGGGGCCUGAGGCAGAGUUCCAGUCGCUGACCCCCAGCCAGAUCAAGUCCAUGGAGAAGGGGGAGAAGGUCUUGGCUGCCUGUUACCGGCAGGAACCCAGCCAGAAGGACAGGGAGGCCAAAGCAGAGAGGCCCAGCGCCGUCCGCCAGGAGCAGCGCUUCCUUCCCCCUGCGGAGCACGAGAGACCCCAGCCGGGCCAGGGUUCCACCAGCGUGUUGCCCGAGGCCACUGCUCCAGAGGCCGCCAGGCAGGACGACAUGGAGGACGCUUUGUUCUCGGAACCCAAGCCUGCACAGGUCAGCUCAAGCAGCGUCAUCUUGAAGACAGGAUUUGAUUUUCUGGACAAUUGGUAAAAUGUGGUCGAUCGAAAACAAGUACAGCCAAGCACCCCAAAACGUGUUCCAAAGCAGUGUGGUGGUAGAGGAGAAAAAAAGGGCAAUGUUCCUCUGUGUACUUUUUUCUGGUUUAUCUACGCUCUUUUCUGAAUCAUUGGAAACUGGUAAACUGUGCCAGAUUUUUCCCUUUUUUUGGUAAAACCGGAUAUAUAUGCUAUUUUCCAUGAUUUGAUAACAGAAGUUUUACAUUUGGAAUUUUUAAAGACAGUCAAGAACGCAGUUAAUCUUGUAAAUAAAACUUCUGUGCCCGGCUCCGUCCAGUGUUCCCCCUCCUCAAAGGAAGAGUUUCUUCAACCGGGCGACAGGAAUCAGGAGAGCGAUUUCCAUCUCUUGCUCUCUCCACGCCCCAGCCCAUCAUGUACGGGGUUCCUUGUGAUGGGUGGUCCGUGGCGACGGCCUCAGGUGUACUGAUGCGGGCAUGCUGGCUCCCGAGUGUCCAGCCAGCCCUGGAAGCUGUCUGGGGGCCCCCCUCAAUGUUGCUGAAGCCACGCCCCUUACACCUUGUGCCACGCCCCCCCUCACGUCAGUUUCGGAAGACAGACUUGCCACUGGCUGCCAUCUUUAAGCUGUCCUGGUACUUACUCGAAGUCUUCAUCGCUGUUUAGAGAAGAAUUGCGUGUUUCGAAGUCUUGCUGUUAACUUUCAUUUUUUCAUAUCUUGGUUUAGUGGCUCCUUUCUUCGUUUUAUACUCACUCAGAAGCUGUCGUUACUAAUGUGACCCACUGGAUGAACCCUGUACUGGACACCUGCAGGGGUCAGGGCAGAUGGUAGGUGUUGUUGGAGGCAGGACUGAUCCCAUCAGCUGUGUUAGAAGUUCCCGGUGUUAGACUGAAGGACUGAAGGCGGGGGUGAGGGGGCAGUGGAUGUCCUUCGUCCCCAGGACUGGUCAGACUACACGGAGGUGGACCCUCCCCAACCUUGACCACCACCAGAAGUGGAGGAAUGGAGUUUCUGGGCAUGCCAGAAGCAGCCCCUAGGACCUUUGUCAUAGCGAGGGUCCCUGGAGCUGCUGCAGACAAGGUGGCCCUUGCCCAUGCCUGCUGGGGGAGUGUGGCUGUCAGCGAGGGAAGCCACUGCCCUCACCAGGUGCCCUGGAGCGCAGUGGUCCCUGAUUUGUAGGAGGUGCCCGUGCAGAACUGCGAGUCUUGGCCUGUGUGGUCCAUUGGUUGCCAUCACUGUGUUCUCCUCACCUGAAGCCUUAAUCCUUAAUCCCUGUGAGCCCUGCCAGUGAGCGCUUGGUUUCAAUAUCGAAGUGUGUCUUUUUUUUUUUUUUUUUUACAUACCCUUUUGAAAUAGUUUUUGGAAUAUUUUAUCUGGCUGCAAGGUAAUGCACGUGGCAACUGCCCCCAACCCCAGAAAAUUUCAGCCAAACUGUGGCUCAGCCAACAUGUGAUUUGGUUUCUACCAAUUGCUUUAUGUCCUCAAACUUCCCCUGGCCCCUGGAGUCUUGGAAUUUACCUUCCUCCUCUCUGCACUGUUGAUGCUUGGGAGGGGAAAAGCUUUCCAGCAGGGCGCCGGGGCGGGGUGGGGAGGGGGUUGAGGGGGUGGGGAGCUUAGAAACCCCAGCUGGAACUGCCAGUGCAGAGCGCCAGCUCCCCCAGGGCUAAGCACCCAGAGCGCUGCCCCGCCUCCACUCUGCUGUGGGCUGUUUCAUAUCCCCUGGAGCAAGUGUUUUAACUGCGUUGGGGCAGCAGGGAAGAAGGGUCUGGAGACAUCGGGCAGGGUGAUCUGUCCUCUUGGGAGGCGUCGUUACUUCUUGACCACUGUCUCGUAAAGCCCAGUAUUCCCUUCAGGUUCUCCUCGAGUUGAAGGGUGUGGGGGUUAUUGAAAGCUGUGGCCUUACUUCUGGGACACAGCCCCCCGCCCCCGUAGUGUUUAGUUACUGCUGAGAUUGAAUAAACGUAAAGGAAGAAAUUGGGAGGUCGUGGAGGGAGUCCAGCCGUCCUGUUGCUUUGCUCUGGAGACCCUGGAGGACCCCCCUGCUGGUGGUGUCCAGCCUGCAGAUCCUCCUGUACCCCCAGCUAGCACCCCUGCAGAGCUGGGUGCAUUCCCCUUCCUGGGACAGGCUGGGUCAGCCUGAGGGAAAAUUUAAGCCCUGCAUUUGUCUUGCUCCCCCCUCCCCCAAUCAGAUUGGAAUCUCGAAAACCAGGAGUUUGUAUUUAUUUUUGAAAAAAUACAUACUUUUCAGCAGAAGCCACUAUGCAGUUUGGAUUCCUCGUCCUCCCAGACUCUCUGCACCUGGGACAGUGUCCGCUCUCUGCGUUUUAUAAAAGCUUCCCCAGGAAAUCAGAAGCCAGCCUCCGCUGCACUGGGGGUUGCUCCUCGGUGCCCCCCCUCAUUUUUGGAGCACUGCCUGUGUUGGGAACAACAGGAACUGUCACCCAGCCAGGCCCGACCCCUCAUGUGGAUGUCCAGUGGCCUCCCUUUCUUUGAUACACGUUUUCAAAAAUGAUAAAUUCUUACAACUUGUAACUUGGUCAUAUUUUAUACUAAUAACCUUUAAUAAAGCCAUUUUAAACAUG